CCAAUCAGCAGCGAUAGGCCAUUGUGUCCGGUGUGAGAGGUUGCAGCGUCUGCCGGCUUACCUUCCCACCGCUACUAACUUGGUUUCUUUCUGGAUCCUACUGCAAUGGCGGAGCAACAGCAGUUCUACCUCUUACUGGGCAACCUGAUGAGCCCUGACAACAAUGUCAGGAAGCAGUCAGAGGAAACUUAUGACAACAUCCCCGGUCCGACGAAGAUCACGUUCUUGCUGCAGGCGGUUCGCGAUGUGGCCGCUGCAGAGGAGGUCAAGCAGAUGGCCGCCGUGCUGCUGCGGCGACUCUUCUCUUCCUCCUUCGAGGAGAUCUACCCCGGCCUGACCGUGGAGAUGCAGACGGCCGUCAAGUCGGAACUGAUCAUCGGCAUCCAGGCCGACGGCUCCUCCAGCAUCCGCAGGAAGAUCUGCGACGUCGCCGCCGAACUCACCCGCAACCUCAUCGAUGAUGACGGAAACAACCAGUGGCCAGAGAUCCUCAAAUUCCUUUUUGAUUCAGUCAACUCGCAGAACACUGGUCUGAGGGAAUCGGCUCUGCACAUAUUCUGGAACUUCCCCGGAAUCUUUGGCAACCAGCAGCAGCAUUACAUGGAGGUGAUCAAGCGCAUGUUGGUGCAGUGUAUGCAAGACCAGGAGAAUCCCCAGAUCCGUACUCUAUCUGCCCGUGCCACUGCCUCCUUUGUCCUGUCCAAUGAGAGCAACACAGCCCUGCUGAAGCACUUCUCAGACCUGCUCCCCGGCAUUCUCCAGGCUGUCAAUGAGUCCUGUUACCAGGGAGACGACUCUGUGCUGAAGUCUCUUGUGGAGAUUGCGGACACGGCACCCAAAUACCUGCGACCCAACCUGGAGGCCACCCUACAACUCAGCCUGAAGCUUUGUGGCGACACCAACCUGACCAACAUGCAGAGGCAGCUGGCCCUGGAGGUCAUUGUCACCCUGUCCGAAACGGCCGCCGCCAUGCUAAGGAAGCACACUGCCAUCGUGGCACAGAGCGUUCCCCAGAUGCUGGCUAUGAUGGUGGAUCUGGAGGAGGACGAGGAGUGGUCCACCGCUGACGAGCUGGAGGAUGAUGACUUUGACAGUAACGCAGUGGCUGGAGAGAGUGCGCUGGAUAGAAUUGCCUGUGGCCUGGGAGGGAAGAUUGUGCUACCCAUGAUCAAGCAGCACAUCAUGCAGAUGCUUCAGAACCCUGACUGGAAGUACCGCCACGCCGGCCUCAUGGCCCUGUCUGCCAUCGGCGAGGGUUGCCACCAGCAGAUGGAGGCCAUCUUGAACGAGAUCGUCAGCUUCGUGCUGCUGUUUUGCCAGGACCCUCAUCCCAGAGUCCGCUAUGCUGCCUGCAACGCCAUUGGACAGAUGGCCACUGAUUUCGCCCCCACCUUCCAGAAGAAGUUCCACGAUAAGGUGAUCUCGGCCCUGCUUCAGACCAUGGAGGACCAGAGUAACCCCAGAGUGCAGGCCCAUGCGGCCGCGGCGCUCAUAAACUUCACUGAGGACUGCCCCAAAUCCCUGCUCGUCCCCUACCUAGACAGCCUGGUCCAGCAUCUCCACGUCAUCAUGGUGGCCAAGCUGCAAGAGCUGAUUCAGAAGGGCACCAAGCUGGUGCUGGAGCAGGUGGUGACGUCCAUCGCCUCGGUGGCGGACACGGCGGAGGAGAAGUUUGUGCCCUACUACGACCUGUUCAUGCCCAACCUGAAGCACAUCGUGGAGAACGCCGUGCAGAAAGAGCUCCGACUGCUGCGGGGCAAGACCAUCGAGUGCAUCAGUCUCAUCGGCCUGGCUGUCGGCAAGGACAAGUUCAUGCCUGAUGCCUCUGCAGUCAUGCAGUUGCUGUUGAAGACUCAAACCGACUUCAAUGACCUGGAAGAUGACGAUCCACAGAUCUCCUACAUGAUCUCCGCUUGGGCUCGCAUGUGUAAGAUCUUGGGGAAGGAGUUCCAGCAGUACCUGCCUGUUGUGAUGGGCCCCCUUAUGAAGACUGCCUCCAUUAAACCAGAAGUGGCCCUCCUGGAUACCCAGGACAUGGAGAACAUGUCUGAGGAUGAUGGAUGGGAGUUUGUCAAUCUGGGAGAUCAGCAGAGCUUUGGAAUCAAAACCGCUGGCCUGGAGGAGAAGGCCACUGCAUGUCAGAUGCUGGUUUGCUACGCUAAGGAGCUGAAGGAGGGCUUUGUCGAGUACACAGAGCAGGUGGUGAAGCUGAUGGUGCCUCUGCUGAAGUUCUACUUCCACGAUGGGGUGCGGGUGGCAGCUGCAGAGUCCAUGCCCCUGCUUCUGGAGUGUGCCCGUGUGCGGGGUCCCGAGUACCUCACCCAGAUGUGGCACUUCAUGUGCGACGCCCUCAUCAAGGCUAUCGGUACAGAGCCAGACUCGGAUGUGCUGUCGGAGAUCAUGCACUCCUUCGCCAAGUGCAUUGAGCUAAUGGGAGACGGUUGCCUGAACAACGAACACUUUGAGGAACUGGGAGGAAUUCUGAAGGGAAAACUGGAGGAGCACUUUAAAAACCAAGAACUCAGACAAGCCAAAAGACAAGAUGAGGACUACGAUGAGGAAGUGGAAGAAACUUUACAAGAUGAGGAUGAGAAUGACGUAUAUAUACUCACCAAGGUGUCAGACAUUCUGCACUCUUUGUUCAGCAGCUACAAAGAGAAAGUACUUCCAUGGUUUGAGCAGCUCCUGCAGCUCAUCGUCAAUCUAAUAUGCCCACACAGACCUUGGGCAGACAGGCAGUGGGGCCUGUGCAUCUUCGACGACGUGAUUGAGCACUGCAGUCCCACUUCCUUUAAGCUUGCCGAUUACUUCCUGCGACCCAUGCUUCAGGCCCUGUGUGACACCAGCCCUGAGGUGCGCCAGGCUGCCGCGUAUGGCAUUGGCGUCAUGGCCCAAUUUGGAGGCGAGAGCUACAGACCUUUCUGCACAGAGGCAAUCCCCCUACUGGUUGGAGUUAUCCAGGCCCCUGAAUCCAAAGUGAAGGAGAACGUCAACGCCACAGAGAACUGCAUCUCAGCCGUCGGCAAAGUCAUGAGGUUCCGGCCAGAGUGCGUCAACGUUAAUGAGAUCCUCCCCCAUUGGCUGUCCUGGCUGCCACUCAAUGAAGACAAAGAGGAAGCUGUCCAUACCUUUGAUUUCCUGUGUGACCUUAUUGAAAGCAACAAUCCCAUUGUUCUUGGUCCUGACAAUGCCAACCUGCCCAAGAUCUUCGUGAUUAUCGCUGAGGGUGUUAUGAGCGAAUCAGUGAAAGGAGAGGAUGGAUGCAGCAAGAGAUUGGCCAAUGUUAUUCGUCAAGUACAGGUCUCUGGAGGAUUAUGGACACAGUGUGUAUCGACGCUCAAUGAGACACAGCAGAAGGCCAUCCAAGACCUGCUCAACACCGCCUGAGCAAAGGCUCCCCCUCUGCCAGCCCAUAUAAUAAUAAAAUGAUAUCCUAGCACUGGGGAUAAACAUCUUAUAGACUCUGGCCUUUCCCCUCCUCUCUUGAGCAAUGAACUGUAGCGUGCGUGUGUGUAUGUGGACCUCUCCGCUGCUUGGUCCGGAAAAAAAAUCUCACUCAAGUCUCUACUCCCAACUCGAGGACUGCAGGUCCUGUGCGUAUGCGUAUUGUUUGUGUGUGAGUGAAUGAUUUUGUCUACCCUCUAAAGGGCCGGCUUGGGGCGGGGGGGGAAAAAAAGGCCCCAGAGUUCUCUUGGAGGAAUUCACCACAAAAAGAGAAAAGGGUGUCAAUAAAAACUAACAUGGGUCAUACAUCUUCCUCUUAGUUAUGAAUACUUGGCGUAGGAGAAAUAAAAUAAAUCCUUUUUACUUUUCGCUCACCCCUUCACCAAGAUGCGUUACUUAUGUAGUCGUGCUCUGUUUAUGCCAUGUGCGUCUCUGAGUGUAGUAAAGGGGGUGUCUCCUUUUUCCCUCUUGUCUGUUGUGGGGGCUUCACACCCUGCAUCCGGACCGUAAAGGAUGGGAAUGGAAUUGGACUCAAACGGACUUGUGUAUGGUGGAGGAUGGGUCAAGGGGGAACCUUGAGGGAGCCAAACAUGGCCUGUGCUGUCAGAUGUUUUUGUUUAGGCUUUUUUUUUUUUUUUUUUUCGUCUCCAAGAUGGACUCGGGGGAGGGAAAUGGCAUCAGUGCUGACUUGUUAGUGAAGCUAACAUCUGUCUUCAGCUUGCUCACUCCAUGAAAUGAAUAAGAAUGGGGGAAAUAUGAUGGCUUGCAUUAGGGAGAUCUGAAUGGGUGUAAUGCCUAUCCUGAAGUUGAUUCAAGAAUCAACCAGGAUGAGCUCUUGCUGUAGAUUGGUUCAACCUGUGGAAACUAGUGGUGUUUGGGUUGGGGACCACCUGCAGUUGCUCAUGUUUUUUUUUUAACCCACCCAUUGUGCUAUUCAAUUCAGUCUCUAAAGCUUGUCAGUACCCUUUUUGUGGAAAUCAGAAAAAAAUUGAAAUCUUUUGGGGUGAUGACAAAUCUCGACCAAUAAAGUUUCUCUUGGAAGUCA